UGCGUUUUCUUCAUUGUCAUCAGUCGUCCUGAACCCUCCGCCAGCUCAACAAGUUUCGAAAAUGGCUCGCACCAAGCAAACUGCUCGAAAAUCCACUGGAGGCAAAGCUCCUCGUAAGCAGCUCGCUACCAAAGCCGCUCGAAAGUCUGCUCCGGCCACGGGUGGGGUGAAGAAGCCCCAUCGCUAUCGUCCUGGAACUGUGGCCUUGCGGGAGAUUCGCCGGUAUCAAAAGUCGACCGAACUGUUGAUUCGGAAGUUGCCGUUCCAACGCUUGGUUCGUGAGAUCGCUCAAGAUUUCAAAACCGAUUUGCGCUUCCAAUCGUCGGCCGUCAUGGCUUUGCAAGAAGCCUCGGAGGCGUACCUGGUGGGACUGUUCGAAGACACGAACCUGUGCGCCAUUCACGCCAAACGCGUGACGAUCAUGCCCAAGGAUAUCCAAUUGGCUCGACGAAUCCGCGGGGAACGCGCUUAAGUACUGUCGUGGACACGUUAGCGAAUCUUGAGCUUAGCCCAAGAUUGUAAAUGUUUCGAAAUAAACCUUGACCUAAA